UAUCUUACCUGUUUUGGAAAACACCCAAUUCAUUCGCACAUUUCUUUAAAUAGAUUUAAUGGAAGUGUUGCAUAAUACGAAUGUGACAAGCCAAACAAUGUACCAGUGGUAUGGUGAUAUCUCAGAGUAACAAAGGUUAAAUUAAAGACAAAAUGGCUGACUCAAGUUAUUUAAUAGUAGCAGCAUUGGAUUUUGGUACAACGUAUAGUGGAUAUGCAUUUUCAAUGAGACAUGAAUUCAAAGCAGACCCAAUGAAAAUUCAUGCCAAUCCAGUAUGGAAAGCUGGAAGUCGUCAGUUUGUGUCACUGAAAGCUCCAACAUGUCUGCUGUUAGACAAAGACAAAGAGUUCCUGGCCUUUGGAUACGACGCAGAAAAUCAGUAUGCAGAAGUUCUCUUGGAUGGUGAAAAAGACGACCAUUAUUACUUUCAUCGGUUUAAAAUGAACUUACACAACAAUAAGAAUAUAACAGCGGACAUGGUAUUAGAGGAUGUAACUGGGAAACCUCUCACAGCUCUUCAAGUCUUCAAGUUGUCAAUCAAGUUUUUAGUCGACCAUUUGCUAGAAACGUUAGACAAACAAGGUACCGGUGUUCAGCAUAACGAGGUACAAUGGGUUUUGACAGUACCAGCAAUAUGGAGAGAUACAGCGAAACAGUUCAUGAGGUCAAGUGCAGAACAGGCAGGCAUUCCUCCUGAUAAAUUAAUAUUGGCCUUGGAACCAGAAACAGCAUCAAUUUUCUGCCAGUACCUACCAGUGGAGAAACUAAAAGCUGAGAAAUCAUUUAUUAUGUCGAAACAGGGAACAGAGUACAUGGUUGUGGAUCUUGGAGGUGGCACGGCAGACAUAACGGUCCACCGGAAAGCUGCUAACGGUCAGCUAAUAGAAAAACAUCGAGCCACAGGAAAUGAUUGCGGAGGAACAUCCGUAGAUAAAAGAUUCUUUAAAAUACUUGAAGACAUUGUUGGUGAGUCGACCUUGAAAUCUUUAAGAGAAAAUGACCCUUUGGCUUAUUUGGACAUCGAAAGAGAAUUUGAGGCUGUGAAGAGAACAGUUGAAACAAAGAAAAAAGGGAAAGUGAAUAUGACAAUCCCUGUCGUUUCGCUCGAUAAAGUAUGCCGAAAGGAUCACAACAAAGAUUUCCAAGCCUUGGUCGAAUCAUCAAAAUAUGCAAAUGAAAUCAAGCUUCUUGGUGAUAAAAUGAGAAUGGACGCUGAUGCAAUGAGGAAUAUCUUUAAACCAUCUAUUGACAAAGUUAUUUCUUUGUUAAAAGAAGUCCUUAGCAACAGACAAACAAAAGGGAUAUCGCAUUUCCUGAUGGUUGGUGGUUUUUCCGAAUGUCAACUUAUACACGACGCAGUAAAACAAGAAUUUCCACAGAAACGUAUUAUAACUCCGGAAGACGCAGGAAUGUGCGUCUUAAAAGGAGCAGUAUUAUUUGGACACAAUCCAAGUUAUAUAAAAUCAAGAAUCAUGCGAUUUAGUUAUGGCGUCAAAACAAGUCUUCCAUUUGAUGAGAGGAAGUUUGAUCGGAAGCAUUUGGUCGUUAUGGACGGGGAAGAGAGGUGCGACAAUAUAUUUUCUGUGAUUGUCUUAAAAGACGAAAGUGUCGAAGCGGGUACGAAAAUAAAGAGAUCGUACUUUACACCGUAUAAACAUCAAGACAAGAUGGACUUCAUGAUAUACAUAUCAGACGAUUUUAAUCCAGCCUACGUUGAUGACGAAAGUUGUAACUUGCUGUGUAAACCAACAAUAACAUUUACCGAUACUUGUGAAGAAACAAGGUGGGUAGACGUCGAAUAUGUCUUAGGUAAUACGGAAAUAGGAAUAACUGCUGUCGAUAGGAAUUCUGGGAAGGAAAUCAAUGCAACAUUUAAUCUAAUUGAACCUUAUCAGCAGACGUAGUUCAAGCGCUCGGUUAAUAGAAGAAUUUGAAAACAUAACCUUUAACAUGAUUUUAUACUUUUAUAUCAUUUUGAUUUGGAUAAAAUAAGACCAUGGCAAAAAUUAGGCAGUUAUUGUAGCGUAAAGUACCUUUUUUAUAUUUGUAUAGCAAAUAUUGUAUUUGUUUGUUUUUGUAACUAUAGUUUUAUUCUUUCUUUCGAUAUUGGAUUCGUCCAGCCAUUAAUGUUUGCCAUCUGGUAUAUAUAUACUACUAGUAAUUAUGCUGUAUUUAGACCCCUCUACCAAGAAACUUGUUUUGCCUGUACACGUAUAAAAAUUGCAGUUUUUAUCCAACGCAAUCAUAGGUUUGAACGUUGUUUUCAAUUUAGACUUGUAUAUAUAUACUACUGUUUAUAUAUGUAUAUGACACAAACUGUUUAGUCUCUUAUAUAUUUACCUGACUUAUUAUUUCGUAUCAUUUACUAUUCGAAAGCUCAAUGUAAUGUAACGACUGCAAAUGUGUGAGACCUGUGUUGGAAGAAAAUCGAACGGAAUGAAUUAUAAAUUACUCGAAAUGAUAAUCAAUUUCAAACACCCUAAUACUAUUUUUAAUCUUGAGAAUGCAUUACUAUCAGAUUAUUACAUGGCAUUUUUCAUAUCAGAUGUAGUAUCAGCCCAAGGUUCUUGGGCUGAUAUUGACCGAGGGCUGAUAAUACAUCUGAUAUGAAAAAUGACAUGUUAUGAUCUUUUUAUUAUAUGCUUCAACAAUGGAGAACAAUAACAGUUUACAAUAUUGAUCCUUUUAAGUGGUUCUCAAGUAGAAUUUAAAAAGGUGAAAAGUAUACGGACGUCGGACGCCAAAUGUAAUACAUCCGAUAUGAAAUCUUUAUAUCAUAUGCCUCAACAGAGGAGAAAUAAAACAGUAUAAUAUAUUUUUAUAUUGACGAUAUAAAAAUCAACAAAACAUAAUGAACACUGUUUGGAAAAGUCAACAUUUGUACAGAAAAGUAACUUUCUAAAUUAUGCUGGAAACGUUGAAAAAUGCAUUUAUGUAUCAUUUGUUUUUUUUGCAUUUUAUAUAAUAUAUUUUUCUGUUUCCUAAUAAUUGUUUUGUAUCCUA